AUGUUUUGGUAUAUCAGUAACGCACUUUACUUCCAUUCCGGUGACCAAGGUUCGAUUCCCGUAGUUUGCCCAGUGGUUACAGUUACUGCUCCAGAUGACCUCGAACAGAAGAUUUGUGAUUCUGACAACAUUUUCAUCGUCAAGGUAAGGCCGGAUGGACGAGCCAAGAUUCUGAAUGAUUUGACAAAUUCGAUAAACCUGUAUGCAGAUGAUCGUCCCAUCGUCGGAUUCAUCAGGAACGAUGUCUGUAACGUUGAACUGACAGAGGAACGCUACAUGCUGUUUAUGGCUGGAGAAGCUGUAAAUGUGCCUGGCAAAAAAUUCACGCUUGACCACACCGUUCUUGCAAUGCCCAUGACUGGUGACCUCAAGGUUAAGGUCAAGGAGAUCCGUCCCCUCUGCCCCGUUGCCUAAAGAGUUCCUAAUAGAUAACCUUGAGGGAUUACAGUACAUCUCACUCCACAUCUAUCUAUGGCUCAGACAAGGUCCAUACAUGAUUUUUUUUUAUUGUGUCAUCCACCAGUUGCUGAUGUCUGGAGUUAAUGAAAAAGAACCUUAAGUAGCUCUAAGAUGAUGUAACAUUUCCAUGGAGAAUUUGUGUUACAAUACUUUCUAGAAGCUAGUCAAUAUGGUUUUAUUAUGUAUAAAUAAAAUAACAUGAACUUUACGUAAUUUGACACAUGUCAAACUGUUCAUUUAAUUGUGGUAUGUAAAUCAUUAGUGAGGUUUUUUUUAUUGUAAGAGAAGACUUGGUUCUUUCAACACUUGCAGGGCAUUGUUAGAAACCUGCGCCUUUCAGUUUUUCACAUGUACAGUAUAUUUUUUCAUUGCACAUCUUUUGAUGGGUACACAGUCAAAUGCAUUUUAAAAAGAAAUUAACCAAUUUUAUGAGCAAUUAAAUUGAGAAGAGUCUAUUUUACCACUUGUAAUCAUGUCUUUAAAUACAUGGUAUCCAACACACUUUUACAAAAAGCUGUGAUUAAUAUACAUACAUGUAUUUUACUCUCCAUUUUGUGAAGUCUCUGGCCCACUUUUU